AUGUCAAUCUGCAAACAAUCAACUGAUGACGACAACGACGACGAAUUCUCCAAGCAUCAAUGGGUCCGAGAGCUUCACUUUCCCCUCCUCGACUUCCCUCUUACCAUCGACAGAAUCGGCCCCGUCGUCUCCGACAAUGCCCGCCGCCGCCGCCACACUCUCUACCUCUCCAAUCUCGACGACAUGGUCGGCGUCCGCGUCUUCACACCCACCGUCUAUUUCUACCACUCCAAAUCGAGAGACGAACACGUCGCCGGAGUUAUAGAAGAAGCUCUGAGAAAGGUUCUGAUACCUUACUAUCCCUUCACCGGCAGGCUGAGAGAGACCGGAAAUGGCAAGCUGGAGGUCUUCUUCGGCCCUGACCAGGGCGCUCUAAUGGUGGAGGCCCACUCCGACGUCGCCCUGGCGGAUCUCGGCGACCUAUCGAUGCCGAACCCCGCCUGGAUCAAGCUGAUUUACAGAUUCCCCGACGAGGAGGAGUACAAAGUCAUCGACAUGCCGCUGGUGAUCGCUCAGGUCACCAAAUUCGCCUGCGGCGGAUUCAGCCUCGGCCUGAGGAUGUGCCACUGCCUCUGCGACGGCUUCGGGGCGAUGCAGCUGCUCAGCGCCUGGGCGGCGACGGCGAGGGCCGGGAUUCUGGUGGCGAAUCCGCCGCCGUGCUGGGAAAGGGAUAUCUUCCUGCCACGUGUCCCGCCGAGGAUUGAAUUCAGGCACUCGGAGUUCCGGCGGGUGGAGGAGGGGUCGACGCUGACGAGGAAUCUAUGGCAGGGGAGCCCCGUGAUGAAGUGCUACCGGCUGAGCCGCGACUACCAGGCCCGUCUGAAGAGGCGGGCUCAGGCGGCGGCGGCGGAAGGCGGCGCGUCGUUCACGACGUUCGACGCCGUGGCGGCGCACGUCUGGAGAUCGUGGGUGAAGGCGCUGUGCGUGGAGCCGCCGGAGUACGAGCUCCGGCUCACGUUCUCAGUGAACGCCCGGCCGAAGCUGAAGGAGCCACCGAUUCCGGCGGGGUUCUACGGCAACGUGCUGUGCGUGGCGUGCGCCACCAGCAGCGUCGAGAGGCUGGUGAACGGGGGGCUGUCGGAGACGGCGAGAUUGGUGCAGGACGCGCGGCUGGGGGUGUCGGAGGAGUAUCUGAGGUCGACGGUGGACUACAUGGAGGUGGAUCGGCCGAAGAGGCUCGAGUUUGGCGGGAAGCUGACGAUAACUCAGUGGACGAGGUUUUCGAUUUAUGAGUCGGCGGAUUUCGGGUGGGGGAAGCCGGCGUACGCGGGGCCCAUCGACCUGACGCCGACGCCUCAGGUGUGCGUGUUCCUGCCGGAGGGCGGCGGCGGGGACGGCGAGGGCAGCGGGGCUACGGUGGUUUGCAUAUGCUUGCCGGAGUGGGCGUGCUUCAAGUUUAGAGAGUUGCUCAUGGAUCAUUGGUAG